AUGCAGCCUCACGCUCUCUUCUUCGGCCUUGCCAGACUUCUUCUUGCUCCCGCACUGAUCGGGACCAUUUACUUGUACUCAUACCCUCUCUUUCAGCAGUGCGGCUUCCCGAAGCCAACAGAAACAUCAUGGAAUCCCCAUAGCACGGCAAGGUCAGCGGUCGCCGGUGACAAGGCACCGUUCAGACUGUUGGCUUUGGCAGAUCCCCAGCUUGAGGGCGAUACGAGUCUGCCAUCUCCGCAUGCACCGUUGCUCCCGAGUAUUCGAAGGAUACGGGAGGGUCUCGAGCGGAAUGGGCUACUUUCGCUUACAACGAGCUUGAGCAAAGAGGGGAGGAAUUUGGUGCAAGAAGAUAUACCAAGGGCAUUUCGGGGAUACAGGAAGAAGUUGGAUCUUUGGGGCAAUGAUCUAUACUUGGCACAUGUGUACAGGACAGUGCACUGGUACACGAAUCCGACACAUGUUGUUGUGCUCGGAGAUCUGCUUGGAAGCCAAUGGAUCAACGAUGAGGAGUUUGCCGAGAGGAGCGAAAGAUUCUGGCACAGGGUGUUCAAAGGCGCGAACAGGGUGGAAGACACAAUCAUGGAUGCGAUCGACCCUGUGGUGGAGACCCUGGGUGCAGACAAGGGCUGGAAGAACAAGAUCAUUGCGAUUGCAGGCAACCAUGACAUCGGUUAUGCUGGCGACCUUGAUAAACAUCGUGUCGAGCGAUUCGAGAACGCAUACGGCAGAGUCAAUUGGGACAUGCGGUUCACCCUCCCAUGGACCUCCCCGAAUGCAAGCCAUGGUGACAACGACGCGGCCCACGAUCAAGCCCCAUCACUGCAGCUCGUGAUGCUGAACUCCAUGAACCUCGACCAGCCAGCGAAAGAUCCUGACCUCCUGCAAGACACCCUGGACUACGUCAACCGCAAGAUGUACUGGGAACUACCUCCUGCCAACACGGCCACGAUCCUCCUUACGCACAUUCCUUUAUACAAAGAAGAGGGUGUCUGCACUGACGGGCCCUUCUUCGACUACUUCGACGACGAGGUGAAAGGCGUGAAAGAGCAGAAUCACUUGAGCUACGAUGUCAGCGAUAGAAUUCUGAGCGGACUCAUCGGCAUGGAACGGACAAAGAGUGCGGUAGUCCUCAACGGCCACGACCACGCUGGCUGCCAUGUCUACCACACUCAGGACAAGGAGCUGCCAGUCCUGGACGAAACAGCACAACCGCUUGAAAAAUGGCAAACGACAAGAUUUGAAGAAGCACAGAAGGAACGACAGAACAACGAUUUGAUUGGCGUAAGAGAAGUUACAGUACGGAGCAUGAUGGGUGAAUUUGGAGGCAAUGCUGGGCUAUUGAGUGCCUGGUGGGAUGAACAGGCAAAAGAAUGGAAGUUUGACUAUGCGUCUUGCACCUGUGGUGUUCAGCAUACUUGGUGGGCAGUGCAUGUGUUGGAUAUAGUGGUUCUGGCAUUGGGCAUGGUCGGUGUAUUGGCUACUGUCUUGGAGGAUUCUGGCAGACCUCAAGAGGCGGUCUCAAGGCAGAAGAAGACGGCAUAG